AUGGCCCCAAUGAACAAACAAACGGCUGCCGGCUACGUGCGUCCGGCUCUUUACUGGAUCAAGAACAUCAAGCUGGCAAACGGCAUGAGAUCUUGGGUAAAUCUUGCUGGAUUUGUGUGUGAAGAAUCUGGCAGACAGGGUCAGAGUUGGUGUUCCAUGGAGAAAGCAGCAGCAUCAGCGCAGGGCGGUCAGAUCAAUACAAUUUACGAAAACACCUGGAACUGCGCCUCAUCAUCCAGCAAGCUGUACGCGCUUAUUUAUCUCAAGAUAGGCUAG